CACUAACAGGUUGAAUAUUUACUCCUCACGACGAUGUCCUCCAAGGCUGUGGGCGACUUUUUGACAAAGCAGCUGCUCAUCGAGAAAAAUAUCGUGACAUAUAGAUCACUCAGUCGCGAAUUGUCUGUGCACGUUAAUGUUGCCAAAAAUGAACUUGCAGCAUACUAUGGAAAGGCUUCCAUGGAAGCUCAGGACAUCACUGCUACCUAUGUCAUAUCGGGCAUUUUGAAACAAGAGACGCGUCACGAUGAGGCCAUGGAUGUAGAUACGGAUGAACAGGACAAUGUGGACAGCGACGGAUACGAUGAUGAUGAGUCAGAGCCUGUUACGGAAUGUGGGUUCACGGUGGUAGGGGAGGGCGACCUUGAAUCGGCGAAGAUGAAAUACUCUCAGAUCAAUGCUAUUCAUAUCUAUUCUUUGUCUCCAUCUCCCAUUCUGGAUGGAGGGUUCCUCUGUGUACCGACUGAAAGGCUGCGACAAAUCGAUCUGGAGAAAGGAGAAGAGAUGGCGAAGACAGUCGGGAAAGUUAUGGGCGAGGAUAUUCCGCAGGCCAGCAGCUCGAAGGACCCUAAGAUAACGAAGAAGGCGCCAGCUCCUCCGGUCGCCGGUCCUUCUAAAGUUAAAGCCAGCAACUCAUUCACGGAGACAGCUUCGAAACCGAAACCUUCAGAACUGCAAAACAAGAAAGUCCAGCCUGCAAAAUCGGGUACACUAGACUGGAGCAAAGCGAAACCCAAAGCUGCGAAAGAGGAGCCGAAAGAUGCUAAGGUGGAAACCAAACCCAAGCAACCCUUGAAACCUUUGAUGACUACCAAGGCCGACGAGAAACCCGUGAAGAAAGAGGAAACUGAAACGCUAGUCAAGAAGGCACAACCAAAGAGGGGUACAAAGCGCAAGUCUGCGUCUGCCUUGAUGUCUGAUUCUGAAGAUGAUUCAUCGUCGUCUCGUUCGAAACCUGCACCUAAAAAAGAGUCAGAAGUCAAAUUGAAGGGCGUAGUUGUAUCAGAAGACGAGGAGGACGAAGAUGAUAUGCCAAGAAUAGCCGCUCGGAAACCGUCUAGGAAGGUACAAAAAGCUGCCAAGCAAGUCGAUAGUGAAGCAGAAAGAGAUCUACGGGCCAUGAUGGACGUUGACGAUGAUCAGGUCAUCCGUGCCUCACGGCAUGUAGAGGCUGUCAAGAAGGAAGAGGAGGAGGAAGAGGAGGAACCCUCAAAAGAAGGCGACAACGUGGAUAUGGCGGACGAGGCAGUACCAGCGCCCAAGAGAAAGAGAAAGGAAAAGAAGGUUGUUCCUGUUGGUCGUAAUGGACUGAAGAAGAAACGGGUUGUCAAGAGCCGAGAAAGUAUAGACGCCAAGGGUUAUAUGGUGACUGAAGACUACUCAUCAUAUGAAUCUGUCGAUGAAGAAGAAGAGCCUCCCGUGGCGGCGAAGGCCAAAUCCAAGCCAUCAAAGGUUAACAAGGUCGACGAGGAUAGUGACGCACCGGCCCCGAAACCCAAACCGCUUGCAAGGAAGGGGUCCAAACUGGCCGCGCCUACGAGAAAAGUGAGUAAUGGAAAAACCGGGCAACAGACAAUGAUGUCGUUCUUUGGGAAGAAGUAGCGCAUUUAUCUUUAUUUUCUGAGCUAUGCAUGUAAAUACCCCGCAAUCAAUUUCAUUUUCGUGACGUGUAUGUAUCACGUGCUGGGAAAAUUUUGCCAUGAUUCAUCCUCCCCACAAACACGCAGGAUCCGGCAGGUAAUUGCCUAUCAACCCGAAGCGUACAUAACAGACUACGUGCCUAUCCCUUAUCUUGCUGGACUGGACUCUCCUUCCAUCCACCACCACGGCGUAGAAUCUGGAGAGCGACUUUGAGGAUUUUGAGAUGGUGGAGAACUAUGGCGCUGUCAAUAGCG